UGUCGUUCGAGCUCCACUUCUUUGAGAGAACAGGUCUUAUUCAAGAUGUCUAAAACCGCAGGAAAGCCAAUCAGAUGCCAUGCUGCAGUGUUAUGGAAAGCGAAUACUCCGUACAUUAUAGAAGAAGUCGAAGUAGAUGUUCCAAAGAAGCGCGAAGUUAGAGUAAGGAUGACAUCUACCGGACUAUGUCAUUCGGAUUUGCAUUUUCAAGAAGGCAUCGACGAGAAGUGGCCUUUUCCCUCUAUCAUUGGACACGAAGGUGCAGGAAUAAUAGAAAGUGUAGGUGAAGGAGUUACUUCUGUCAAACCUGGUGAUAUAGUGGUGUUAGUUUUCGAAUCGUAUUGUGGCGAAUGCGACUAUUGCAAAGGCACCAGGACAAACCUAUGUCAAAAAACGCCGCGAAAUCAUCUGCAAAUGGAUGGCACCAGUCGCAUCACUUGCAAAGGCCAAGCCCUCAGUCAAAUGCAGUCCAUCAGCACAUUCUCAGAGUACACCGUCACGCAUGAAGCAAACGUCGCCAAGGUGAAUCAAAAGGCUAAUCCGAACACGUUGUGCUUAGUAGGAUGUUGCAUUCCUACGGGAUACGGGGCCGUAAUGAACGCGGGCAAGGUCCCUAAAGGUGCUACGACUGCAGUCUGGGGCCUGGGAGGUGUCGGAAUGUGCGUCCUCAUGGGACUACGGGACAGUCAAGCCGGAAAAAUCAUUGCCAUCGACACCAACCCAAAGAAAUUUCCUCUUGCCAAAGAAUUCGGCGCAACUGACUUUCUAAACCCGAAAGAAGUGGACGAUAUUCCGAAGAAGUUGGCGGAAAUGACAAAUGGCGGAGUCGACUACUGCUUUGUAUCCGUUGGCAUCGUACCUGUUAUGGAACAAGCAUUUAUGGCCAGUCAUCCAAAUUGGGGAAAAACAGUCAUCAUUGGUCUAGCGAACAUCGGCGAAACCAUGAGAGCCGGAGUGUGGGAAUUGCUUUUUGGACGUCAACUUAUUGGUACCUCUUACGGAUCCUAUAAAGCAAAGUUAGCUGUACCAGAUCUGGUAGACAAGGUAGUGUCUGGACAAAUCCAGUUGGAAAAAUUGAUUACCCAUCGCUUGCCCUUGAGCAAGAUCAACGAAGGAUUUAAUCUACUUAAAACUGGAGAAUCAUUAAGAGCCAUUAUUGAUUUUGACAUGAAAGGAUAA